AUGCGGCCGAAGAAGAAAACUGUAGACUUGGAUCCUUUUGUGUAUGCACAAGCCAGCGAGACGGGCCAUGUUAUAUGCAAGAAGCACCGACGGAAUCUCUCACAUGCACUGCGCCGUAGCCAUGCAACCCCUCCACCCAGUUUUGAGCCCAACAUCGACUUCAACAUGCUUGAGCCAUCCGACCUGACCUUACACGAUGAACCUUCUUGGGGCCAGCCACCUUCUGAUCCUAUGUCUGAAAAUGUGACACCUCCACUGACAGAUACUAUAAACGACGAUGUGGAGGAUGACAAGUCUUACUUUCCAAUCAAGGAGCUGUGGCAUGGCACAGCGUCAGCACACACAUUUUUGCAUGCGGACUACUAUGAAGAGAUGCAGGCAGCUCUUCAGCGAGGAGAGUCGCUGUUUUCCUGUCCCUUACCCCCUGGCAGCUCUGAUGAGCUGGGUAUGGAGACAGAUGAUAUUGACAUGAACCUUGAUGAUGGUCUUGAGCCGGACAAUCAUGGAAUAGACCUUUCAGGUGUAUCCCCGGAAACUGAUGGCCCAGCUUCAAACUCGGAGGUUCCUCUGGACGCACCGACUUUUCCAUGGGCGACAACAUCUGAAUUUAUCACGCAUCUUCUCUUUAGCUCACCCUGUCUUCAAUUCUCCGAAGCACAAAAGAAGGCCGUUCUGAAUUGGGCAACUGCGCUCGGGGCAACAGGUGUCCCCUCACUUCAUAGUCUCCGGAAGGCACAGGAUAGGAUCAAGGAACUUGUUGGAAACCCGACUGAGAAAGUUACUGCGGCCUCCGGCAAUAUCUUUUAUAUCAACUCGGUAGGCAAGGCCAUCGCAAAAGAUGGUCAAGGUCAAAUGUCACAGAUUCACCAUGGCGAGAAAAUGCUUCAUGGUCUUCCCGACAAUCUUGCAACACCGAGUGUUCGUGUUGACGGGAACAUAUUCUUUGUCGACGAGCUCCUCCAACAAAUGUCGAAAGACUAUUUUAUUCCUAAGAAGUUCUUUCAGGCACAGGUAUCUGCUGACCAUGACACUGAAAUAUUGUCUUUGGGACAUUCUGUCACUCGGACAGAGGAGGGAUUUUCAGUUGAUCCUGAACAGGUCAUCACACCAGUAUCAACGUUCUCGCGCACCUUCAAGGAUAUUCAAGCUUGCUCUAAGGAGUUUUCAUGCGGCUUUACAGAUUCGUCUUCUUCGCAUGCCCAUCUCAUGCCAAAUCCCCUUCGGGAGAAAUCCGGUGGCCGCAUGGUCUUAAGCGUCCUGCUCAUCGUCUUCAUGGAUGAUGUAUCGGGAAAUAUCUCGAAGCAGUGGAAUAAACACCACAUCGUAUAUAUGUCGAAUGCUGCCAUGCCCCGUGAAAUGCUUGAAAAAGAAUUUUGUGUCCGAUUUGUGUCGUCAUCACCCCACGCGACUCCCUUGGAGCUCAUGCGAGCCGUGACGCAAUCUAUUCAGCGACAAUCCAAUGCAGGCCGAAGAAUGCAGCCAUGGCAGGCUGAGGUGCAAUUUUUCUGCCGGAUGUGCAAAGUUGGUGGCACGACUGUAGACAAGAAGUCUGAUGCAGGUUACUGUAGUAUAUUCAAGUCCGCUGAACUUCGAACACCAGAGGAAACACUGGCGCAGGUAAAAGAGCAGGUCGAGCUUGCAAAACUGCCUGGUGGAACCACCAAAAUUCAGAGCGCUGUGGCAUCAACAGGGACCCGAGAUGCAGCUACAUCGGCGAUCAUAAAUUACCUUCUUGAGCUUGGAAAACAGCUUCGCAAACGUGAGGCCGGGAAGCCUCCCAUUUCUGAAGCGGACGUUCGUGUACAGCUUGAGCAUGAGCUUGAGGCUGCGCUAAAUGGUUAUUUGCUUGAUGAUCAUAUCAACCCAAUUCUUGGUAUGCCAAGUGUCAAUAUUCAUCAAGACACGCCCACGGAAAUCCUACAUACUGUCCUUCUCGGUGUUGUCAAGUACUUCUGGGGCCAGACGAUGCGACUGGAAUCUGUCAACAAAGAAGGCUUAAAUUCACCGACUCUUGGAGCAGAGUACAUCUGCCGUUUCAAAGGAGGUUUGAUCGGCAAGCAUUUUAAGAGCCUUGCACAGGUAAUGCCAUACCUGAUCUACGACCUUGUUCCGCGCUCAGUUCUCGAUGGUUGGACCUUGAUUGGCAAGCUCGUGGUGCUUCUCUGGCACACAGUAAUUGAGAAUACUGAAGAUUACCUGGCCAAUCUAUCACGGACGAUCGAUGACUUUCUCAGUAUCAGCGCUAAAUGUGCGCCCAGUAUCCUCAUCAUGAAGGCAAAGUUCCACUUCCUCCUCCACCUUCCAGCUUUCAUACGGCGCUUUGGGCUGGCGAUUCUGUUCUCAACUGAGCGCUUCGAGUCCUUUAACCAUAUUUUCCGUCUAUCAUCAAUCUACAGCAACCGUCAAGCUCCCAGUCGCGAUACUUGUCAUACCUUUGGUGGCUUUGAUGUUGUCAAGCACAUCAUAACUGGAGGUUUCUGGUGCGACCUGAAGACACGGAAAUGGGUGCAUGCUGGUAACAACAUCGCUGCAUACAUGGCCACACACCCUGAACAACGCUGCUUGAUAGGCUUACCCACCACAAAUGAAAAACCAGUUGGAUUAGUUCAUUUGCUGACUCACAAGGAUGCAGGGGGCAAAGUCCCACCAGUUGAAUGGUGUUCGACACAGACCGCACUUUUUCCUCCUGGAAAGCAUCAAUUCCCUGUCGCCUCGCUUUUUUACAAGUGUGAUUCUUUCAUAGUGGCAGAUCACAGCAGUGCGCCACUGGGGAGCCAUGUCAUCAUGAGGUGUAAUCAGACGUGCUUGGACGAGCUCUCUAUUGGCAAAGUCAUUGAAAUACUCGUGCCACACCAAGGACAUAUCACAACACAUGUUGUCAUUCGGUGUCUCGAAUUCUUAUUUCCGGACAUUGACGAUAUUGCUGUCCUUACACCCAAUGAAAUAUUGUGUGUCGUCAACGUUCAACAUGACUGCGCAUCGUCUGGAGCAAACUGUGGCAUCCGGAAUGUGCAAGAGUGGCAGGAGCGCAUCAUCACAAUGAGACUCCGGCAGCUCAUUGAUCAUGCACCUACUAACGCCUACUUCCUCAAUACCCACGCGCUUCACAAUUACCAACACAUCUCAGCUCUACUUCCACUGGAUAUAUGCGCCCAGAUCAGCAUGCCAUGUAUAUCGGAUCACCAGGCUGUACGUCUCCAUGCUGCAGCACUUGUGCGCCAAAAGAAGGCAUCAGACAGUGCUAAUCCCGCCAACCCGGAGAAAGUGAGGGAGAAUGACCCACCCCCGGCCUUUGAUCAUAGCGCAAGCAAAGCCACACGAAUGAAAGGCAAGGGUAAAGUAGCACAUAUUACAGUAGACGGGUGGGCCAAGGUAGUUGGAUAUUAUGCAGAUGGGUGUAUUAAGGUAGAUGUGUAUGAGAUAGAUGGGUAG